GCAGCCGCAACGUCCUCGCACCUCGAGGAAGUUGCCUUCCCUCUCCCAUCACCAUUAACGUCUUCAACUUCCUCUCCUCCAUCCUCUCCCCUCUUCCAUCCCCCAUGUCGACCCCCAAGAGGAGAACCCCGGCCAAGCUGGCCACGCCGGUCGUCAAGCCGGAUGCGAGGAGGACAGCCAGGAACACAAUUGAUGAGUCGAGAACAACCGUCGCCGGCGCCGAUGCUCUGCGCAGCUCGCAGGCCGAGACGAUAGAGAUCUCGUCCGACCCGGACAGCGACGAGGACAUGUCCGACGUCGAGGACGUGAAUGGCGCGGCCGACGAGGCUGAGCAGAACCCUGAGCAGAAGCCCCUGGCCAAUGGCCAGCCGAAGCAGUCCGGCAAGGACGACGAGGCCGAGUCCGACGCCGAGGAGACGUCGCCCUCGUUCGGCGAGCUGCUGCGCGGCAGCGAGGCCAUCGACGUCACCGCCAUGCUGCAGCAGUCGUCGGCAGACAGCAGCAACGCCGCCGCCCAGGCGUCGCGCAGCGCCAUCGCCCCUCCCUCCCACCAGUCCCUCACCACCGUCCUCACCCAAGCCCUCAAGACCGACGACACAGACCUGCUCGAGUCCUGCCUGCACACGACCGACAUCCACACCAUCCGCAACACAAUCGAGCGCAUCGACAGCUCCCUGGCCGGCAUCCUGCUCAACAAGGUCGCCGCCCGCCUGCACCGACGGCCCGGCCGCGCCGGCACCCUCAUGACCUGGGUGCAGUGGACGCUGGUGGCUCACGGCGGUGCGUUGGCCGCGCAGCCCAAGCUCCUGCACGACCUCAACAGCCUGCAGAAGGUGCUCGCCGAGAGGGCAAAGGGGCUCAACAGCCUGCUCGCCCUCAAGGGCAAGCUGGACAUUCUCGAGGGCCAGAUGGAGCUGCGCCGCAGGAUGCAGAGGAGCGCCGGCCUCCUCGGCGAGGGCGAGGACGCCGACGAGGAGGACGUCAUCUACGUGGAGGGCGAGGAGCGCGACGCCGAGCAGAAGAACCUGGCCAACGGAGUGCGCUCGCGGAGGAGGGGAGAGACUGGCGCCGACGCCGAUGACGAUGAGGACGAUGACGACCGCGUGCUGAACGGCUUCAUCGGCGACUCAGAGGACGACGAGGAGGGCUCCGAGCAGGAUGAAGAGGAGAGCGAUGCGGAGGAGGACCAGCUGGACGAGGACGAGGUCGACUUUGACGACGUGGACGAGUCCAUGGGCGAGGACGAGGAGAGCGAUGUCGAGGUUGCGCCGCCGACCAAGAUGCAGAAGGUGUCGAAGACGUCUGGAAAGAAGAAGUGAAGACGAGUGGACAUGUACGUGCUGUAUGUAUCGAGUACAAAAAGUUUCGCGAGGGGCAUAGCAUUUUCCGGCAUUCCGAGGUCCCUCGUUC